UCCAAGUCUGGUCCUGUCAGUGCCUGAGUGUUGUGAAAACCAAAGGAGAGGAGGAGGUGAAGCAGGAGAAGCUGGUCUUGACCCCCUUCUCUGGCGGCUCCCCAGCUGGCCUCUCCCUGGGAGCCCGAGUCCGGAAAGAAGGAAGUGUUGCUUCUGAGGGGAAAAAAAAGACAUGGGCCCAGCUGGUUGUGUCUUCCUGCUGCCCCUUCUGCUGGGGAUCCCAGGCGCCAGUGAGGAGGAACCAGAGAAUCUCCUUAAGUCAAUCUGCGGGCGCCCUGCUGUCUCAUCUGGCAUUGCCUCGGGCAGGGAGGCCAACGUGGGCCAGUGGCCCUGGCAGGUCAGCGUCCGCCAGGGCCUGCUUCACAUCUGUGCAGCCACCCUCAUCUCAAAGCAGUGGGUGCUGACCGUGGCAAGCUGCUUCCGGUCUAAGGACACCAGAAAAUACCAUGUGUUGGUAGGGUCACUUCAGGUCUCUGAUCGCCCAAGCUCCAAAACAACGACAAUCCCUGUGUCCAGGAUUAUCCCCUACCCUCACCUCCAGGGAAACACAACUACUAGUGCCAUCGCUGUGGCAAAACUGGCCUAUCCAGUUUCUUUUACCCCUGUUGUCCUGCCCAUCUGCCUCCCCUCAUCUGCAGUACAGCUCAAGAACUCAACCUCCUGCUGGGUGACUGGAUGGGGCUAUUCGGGAAUGCACCAACAUGAGGAUAUGAAGCCGUCUUACAUACUGAAGGAGCUGGAAGUGCCCCUUAUGGAUCUCCAGACAUGCCGUGACUACUAUCAGAAAGCAAACUUGCGUGGAAUCAAGCCCAUCAUCAGUGAAGCCAUGAUCUGCUCCAAGCUCCCAGUGGGGCAGACGGAUCAGUGUAUAGGCAGUAGAGGUGAUCCCCUGACGUGUAGAGUGGAGGAUUUCUGGGUCCUGGCAGGAGUGGUCAGCGGGGAGUCAAACUGCAUCCAAAACAAUGAUCCUGGAAUAUAUACAAACAUCAGUUUCUAUAAAUCUUGGAUUGAGAAGUCAGUCAUUUCAUAUACUGACUUUUCUGCUGUCAUCAGUCUGUACUUCUCUGGGCUCUUCCCUGUAAUGCUUCUACCUCUCAUUUUCCUGGGGCUACCUUAAGUGGCUGAGGCUCCAUGCCCAGUGUGGAGCCCAAUGACCGAGCAAGACCUGAGGGGAGAUCACGUCGAAUUCCUAACCGACUGAGCCACCUAGGUG